AUGGAGAAGACGCCCCCGGUCACGGGGAAGCGCCGUGGUGGCAGUAGAAAGGCUUGUAAUGAGUGUAAACAGCAGAAGCUUCGGUGUGACAUUGUGCAAACGCCCGCGGCGGCUUGCUCACGCUGCCGCCGGCUUCAGAUAGAAUGCAAGGUCGAGCCGACUUUUAAACGCAUCUCUAAGCGAAGGCGAAAUGCUGAGAUGGAGCGAGAGAUUGCAGAUCUCCGCCGACGUCUAGCCACCAACAAUGAUCAUCCUCAUGCGGCGGAAGCCAACAUCAGUGACGAGAUGUCGCAGUGCUCCGAGGAUGUAUUCUGUGGCCCGGACUCGGCGGUGUCUAACAGGUCACGGCCGCUGUCUGCUCCGCUGGAGCCGCAGCCUAUGGCGACCCCGAUGACGAUGCACCGAGAUGCAUCUAUCCUCUCUACAGAAGACAACCAGUGGAGUCUGGAAGAUGUCUCCUUGUCUCGACCGCGAGUAGCCCGGCUAUUCGACCAGUACUUCAAGUAUUACCACCCUUUUCUACCUCUGCUGAACCCUCAGAAACCUCCGGAGGAGUAUCUGCGUCGAUGUCCACUUCAGGCGUGGACAAUCAUCUGCGUCGCCAGCCGUCGAGCCCCGUCGGAACCCGGUCUGCUCAGCGCGCUCACCGGACCCUUCAGUCGGCUGCUGUGGUCCACGAUCACUGGAGUCCCGCAAGACUAUCGAAUAGUGAAGGCUCUCUGUCUUCUGUGCACGUGGCCACUGCCUACGACGAGUCAAAGAACGGACGCCACUUUUAUGCUCAGCGGGCUGAUGAUGCAAAUAUCCAUGCAACUCGGUUUGCACCGUCCCGUUCAGGCGGAAGAAUUCACCACCUUCCGCAUGGAAAUCCAGGGCGAAGCGGUCAAAGAUCGUUUGCAGACGUGGGUGAUCUGUAACAUAGUCGCUCAGAAUGUGGCCACCGGUUACGGACAACCUCCCUGCACGAUCUACGACUGGGCGCUGGAGCCGCCGUCUCUUCGAGAUGCCGACUACCAGCUACCCGACGAUCUACGGAUUCGAUUGCGGAUUGAAAAAUUCUGCGACCGGGUCACCAAAUCUCUGUAUAGCAGCAAACCCGAGCCGGCUGAGUUCAUCAGCUCGGAAAAGCUGUUGAUCGUGCAGCUGUUGGAGAAUGAACUCCGAGACAUGGAGGUGGAGUUUAGCCGUGACAUCUCCAACAUCAACAUGAUUCAUCUACGAGCCGCCGAAUUACAUCUUCGAUACUUUGUGUUCCUUGGGUCUAAUGCACGAAGCGACGAUUUGACUAAACUGUUCAUCGCUACGACGUCCUUCCUUGGACGAGUACUAGAUCUUGAGACCUCACCGGGGGAGCUCAUUGGUCACGCGACCAACUACAUUCUUCAGAUGAUCGUUUCAGCCGCCUUCGCUCUCAUGAAGCUGUUGAAAAGCAGCUUCAGCCGCCACAUCGAUUUCGACCACGGCAAGCUGCUGUUCAACGGGGCCAUCUCGGCCAUCCGGCGCAUCAGCGUCAUGGAUCACGACCGUCCGGUGCGGCUCGCAGACAUCCUGGCGCAGAUGUGGAAUGCCGGCGGGGCGGAGGACUCCCCAGGAGAGGACGCUCUGCAGCUGAAGGUCCGUUGUCGCAUGAGCAUGAGCCAUGUAUACGACACGGUCUGGCGUUGGCGGCAGCGGUUCCGACCGAUGAAGAGCAUCGAAGAUGCACAAGGAACGAUGACCAAUCCAAACCUGUCGACGACAGGGCCGGUCACCCGCCAGCAAGACGCCUCGCUGCAAGAUCCGAGCCUGAUGUACGCGACGAAUUUCGACCAAGGGGCAUUCAUCAGCGAGGCGGGAUUUUCGGAGGUAUUCGACUCGCUGAACUGGGUGUUUGAAGGAAUUCCCGACUCGUUUGUGGCACCUCCGGUGAUGUAA